AUGGCUGCUGAGGAGUUGUCGGAGGCCGGCCUGGCCGAUAUCAUUCGAGCACUCGAGGCGAUCCACAGCCCUGCGUCUACGAACGAGCUUCGCAAAGAGGCCUUGACUUUUGUUGAAUCUCUCAAAGAUAGCGACGCGGCAUCCCGGAACGGCUUUUUACUUGCUUCACGCGCUGACCAUGCCUACGUCGUGCGAUACUUCGGGUUGACCUUGCUGGAUCAUGUUCUUCGUCACCUUUCCUUCUCCAAUACCGUCUCCAACCACGAAGAAUCCGCGAACGUGCGCUCAAUGAUCCUCCAACUCGCCGAAAACAUUCGCCCCGAAGAUCCUGCCUAUUUCCGCAACAAGAUUCCUCAGCUGUGGUCAGAGGCUGCCAAAAAGAGCUGGGCCUUGGAUUGGGUGGACAUGGAUGAAGCGCUGGUGAAGUUUUGGGGUUCGUCGCUGGUACACAACGAGCUUGUUCUCGCCGUCUUGGAGACCUUGUCCGAGGAUGUUUUUUUCCGCGAGGAUACCGUCUCAUCGCUUCGUGGAUCUGAGCUCAAUCGUGCAUUGGUGGAAAUUUUCACCCCUGUUGCGAUUGUUGAGCAAAUUAACCCAGACAAAAGCAAAUGCGCGGCGGAACGUUGUGGUGAGGAAGGUUGGCUCGUUCGGAUUUGCGGGUUUUUGGACACUUGCGUCCAGAAUUCUUCCAGCUCCCCCCAGGCUCGCGAUGCAGCGGUCAAAGCUCUGAUGACCUUGCGUUCGGCACUUUCCUGGUCAAUCUACAAGGCAGUUGUGGCCUCACAGGUUGUGCCCGCCGUUUUCAGGUCAUUGACUUGCCAGGAUGAGCAGAUAUUGCUGGCCGGAAUAGAGGCAUUGCAUGCGCUAUAUGGUAGGAGCAACAUGGGCAAUGAAGAAUCUCAGGCCCUUGUUUGUCUUCUCUUCGAGCCCGAGUACCUCAGCACUCUUCAAAACCUCUAUCAAUGGUCAAUUGUAGGCCCAGAUGACGUCGAUGAACCCAAGUAUCUCAUUUCUAAGAAGCUUUCCGAGAUGGUUUCUUAUGUUGCGGGCUGCUUAGAAGAUGACCGGCUAUUGAGAGAAACUAUGCACCACUUGGAUCUCCCGACGUUCUUCAAUUUCAUGGUGAACAUCAUGCAACAUGAGAGUUUGACUGUGUCAAUUCCCGUCUUGCAUUUGUGGUCCAGGCUACUGCCCAUCAACAAAAUCGGUAAAUUGGACUUUGUCGUGGCACAGACCCCUAACCUUUUGAACAUUUGUACCGCGAGAUUGAUCCGUUGGGAGUCCCUUCCUACCGAGUCCGAAAACCCAACAGUGCAAUUUCUCGUGGAAGACAUUGAUACGAUUCCAGAACGCCAUGCCUUUGUUGGAAAUUACCGCCGCUACUGUUCAUCAAUCAUCGAAACUAUUACUUUCAAGCGACCCCAGGAGGCCAUUAGUGAGAUCCUGAGCAGGGUGGAUGGCAAUUUGGACAAUCUUUACAAUGGUGCCCAGCCGUUCAGUAUGGAGACCUUCAACAAAUCUUCCAUUCCGCUCAUGCGCGCAGAUGCUCAAUUUGCAGUGGUGGAGGCGGUUAUUAAGGGCUAUCACAAAUGGAUUGAGGCUCACGGUAAAGCUCCACAAGAGGAUGAGCAAGAACGCAGUCAAUUAGAAUAUGCCGUCGAAAAUUGGGCCUCAAGUCUGAUGCAGAGGUCUUAUGAGGACCCCGUAAUGAAGCAGCGAGUCAUCAAGUUGGUGGUUGAUGUUUCUUCCCGGGCCUUGGAUAGUCACCCUGCCUUCGCUCUAAAAGUGCUCGAGCAUAUCCUCAUGACCCGACUCCAGGAUCAUUCCGAGUUCCCUGCUUAUUCUGAGGCUGUCAAGGAACUCCACGGAUUGGCUAGCCAUGAGCUACGCCGCCUUGCAAUCCGUUAUGCCGACUACUUUUCCACAUUUUAUGAUUUGCUUGAACCGAAGAUCAGGGAGAUCACACAGGCCAAUCGUGUCGAUGAUAAGCUCCAGAUGGAGCUCACUUCUAUCCUACUUAUCAUCAUGCAACGCGCAAACAAUAUCGACCCGAAUGUACGUCUUAGUCGCCUGGCUUCCUUCCUUGAACCGAUCCGAGAAGCUUGGCAAGAUGAAGAGUUUUGUCGCAUGAGUUCAUCGUUUGAAGGCUUUUGUUCAAUGCUUGGGCUGGAAAAUGUUGGAUCAUACAUGCAGGCCUUGCAGGCACACAAGCUGUCCGAUUGGUCAUCGGCUCCUCUGGAUAGCCAAGGAAAGCUUGUCCAGGAGGAGAUGACCAAGAAGUUCCAAAUGCUCCCACUACGGGGUACCAAAACAAUGCUCGCGGUGUCCACAGAUAAGCUAAAGCAGUCCGCUCCAGCAUAUGCAGUGGCUUGCAAUAUGUGGCAUGACUUGGUACCUCAAAUUCUACGGACCCUCCUUCCUCUGCUCAAUCAUGUUCAUGCUUUCCACAAUCCGUCAAAUUGGACAGUGAGUGAUGAAAUGCGAGCAGUGGUUGAGCGAAUCUUGACAGACCGCUUUUGGCAAGCUGGUAUCUCCAGUGGAAGUCGUGAUGACUUCUAUGCUAGAAUCACCGCCUCAAAGUCAACCAUUGAGGGCUUCGCAUCGUCUGUUCGAGGAAAGAUCAGAGCCGUUCGUGAAUCCUGUUACUCUAUGCUAUUCAGUAUGAGCAGAAUGCGCGAGCAGUUCUACGGAUAUGCGGAGCUCCCCGGGCCUUUGUCCGAAGCUCUCUUCAAAGAUGCAGAGCAUCUCUCUUCUCAUCAAUACUCAGUCCUGCUCAACAUUUCGCGCUGCCUGAUCGACGACUGCCCAGUGCAGUACCGCAGCCAAUUUCUCCCUCCUAUGCUUUCCACUUUGUUUAGAAGCAUUGAUCGUAAAAUCACAACUGAGUGGGAAAUCAUUGAAGCAAGGAAGAAUGGAUUCGCCGAUGGAGAUCUCACUGAUGAAAUGAAGUCCGAAAGCGUGCUCCGUCAAUUGACCUAUUCUGCCGUCAUCAUGGUGGCCAGCUUGUUCGAUCCACAGAGAGGAGAUCCUGAUCGAACGGAGGCGGACCCGAGCGCUCCGCAAUCUACUCCUGAUAUUUCAGAUUCAAUCCGCCAUUUUGUACUCUCAUCGCCGGAAAUAUUUGAACCUCUCAUGCUUUUCUGUACACACGCACUCCGCAUGCGAGAUACCCGAUGCUGCAGCAUCAUCACUCGUGUUAUUCGCUCGAUUCUGCCGGACUUUGCUCCUCCCCACAACAGUCAAACUACCCUGACCAUCCGCGAGUUUAUCUGUUCGGAUGUUCUCAAGGCUUGCAUCACAUCUGUUCAUGAACCAUACUUCGUCGACAUGCAGAAAGAUUUGGCACAGCUUAUUGCGUCGAUCUGGGUCUUGUAUGGAAUGGAAACCUGCACCCCACGCUCUAUCUUCCUCACAUUACCGGGCAUCACCCCGGAGAAGCUUUCACACACAGAGGCCCAGCUUCAUCGAUCGCCUUCCCCUCGUCAGCAACGCGCCUUGGUGCUUGAACUUCUCGAGUCUCUACGAGGUGUUAGCAUUGCUGAGCAAGGAAAAAUUCUUGGUUCACGCGAGGACCGUCGGAAAGCCCGUAGUGCGCUUCAGGAGCGAUACAUGACCAACGAGAUGGAGACUCAACAGACAAAUCAUCGCGUUGAUAUCAAUGACGGGCCUGAUCUUUCUGGAGUGGCUGAUAUGUUCGGCUAA